AUGAAUGAUGAUAUAUGUUCAAAAUUUGAUAUUUUGAGGAAUUAUUUACCUGAUAAAUUAGGCGAAACCGGAAAACUUGAACUAAGAAGUCUUAGUAAUUUCAAAAAUUAUUGCGCUGAUGAAAACUGCGAUACUGAUCUCAAAAAAAUUACGAUUGGAUUUUUAUGGUUACUUGAAAAAAAUUGUUCUAUAUCCAAAAAUACAGAUGAUUAUAAUGAAAAUAAUAUUAGUGCAUUUUUUCUAUAUAUUAUUUCAUGGUUAAGCUACCAAUUAAAUCAAAAUUCAGAGCGCUAUUUCACCAAAAUAAGCGAUUUUUAUAAUGAAUAUAUAAGCAAUAAUCAAAACUAUAUGAAUCUCAUAAAUGAUGACAAUAAAUGUAAAAAACUUAAGGAAAUCAUAGAUAAAAAAAAGGAUUUGUUGGAUAUUAAUAUUAAAGAUAUGUCUAAUUUUUAUGAAGCAUUCAAAUUAUUAUGUAGUGUGCAUGGUACUGUUGCAAUGAGUAAAUAUGACAACACUCUGUUAGGUGAUGCUACUAUUUUUUAUAACAAAUACGCAGAGCUCAACGAUUAUUAUAAUGUUGAAAAUACCCCACAUAGCAAAAUAUUGUCUGAUUUAUUAACUGAUUAUAAUAAAUUAAAAGAAAAAUGUGGUAGUAAUGUUAAUAAUUCUAUACAAUUUCCAAGUCUUCCAACAGAAAGAGCAACAAAAUCAUUUUUAGAAAAUUCAUCUAUAAAAAUUUCAGUAAUCCCAAUGAUAUUUAUAUUUUUUGCAUUAAUUAUUUUAGGAAUUACAUAUAAGCGUUCAUCAUCUGACUUUCGGAAAAAGCUUCAAAAAUUCAAUUUAAGAAUCAAAAAAAUAAAGAGGAAAAUAAAUCAUUAA